UAGAUAGAGAAAGUGAGGUGAUGUUAGGAGCUUCAAAUAAAGGGACCGUAGAGGGAUGAGGGUACACAAAUGGAGGUAUAUAGAAGAUGAAGUGAAAGAGGUAGCUGUUAGUCACACACACUCUCUCUCUCUAUCUAUCUAUCUAUCUUUCAUUCUUUCAUGUCUACCACCAACAAAACCCACUGAAGCAAAUUAUCAUCAUGAAACUCCCUCUGCACCCUGCACUCCAAAAAAGUGAUUGCCUUCCUCAUCAAAACCUUCCUUCCCUUAAAUUUACCUCUCUCAACACCCUCCUCUUCUCAUCCCAAAUCCCCACCACCCCAAAACCAUGAAACCUUUCCUUUUCUUUCUCACAUUCACAUUCUUUUGCUGCCAAACACACCUAGUUAACUCUGCUGCUACAACAAUUCUGCCCCUCCAACUCAUCACCUUGCUCUCCAUAAAGUCCUCCCUCAUAGACCCUCUCAAGAACCUCCAUGACUGGGACCCCUCCUCCACCUUCUCCUCCAACUCCAAUUACCAAGACCCAAUUUGGUGUUCAUGGAGAGGCGUCACAUGCCACUCGAAAACAGCACAAAUCACCUCCUUAGACCUCUCUAACCUCAACCUUUCAGGCACAAUUUCAGGCCAAAUCCAACACCUAUCAUCCUUGAACCACUUGAAUCUCAGUGGGAAUAACUUCGGUGGAACUUUCCAAGUAGCAAUUUUUGAACUUGCCCAGCUUAGGAUUCUAGACAUUAGCCACAACUCCUUCAACUCAACCUUCCCACCCGGAAUAUCCAAGUGCAAGUUUUUGAGGGUCUUCAAUGCUUACAGCAACAGCUUCACUGGCCCUCUACCUCAGGAACUAACCAGGCUCAGGUUCCUGGAACAGCUCAACCUCGGAGGAAGUUACUUCAAGGGAAGCAUUCCACCAAGUUAUGGCACCUUCCCUAGACUCAAGUUCCUAUAUUUGCACGGUAACCUAUUAGAAGGUCCACUACCACCCCAACUAGGACAGUUAUCAGAGCUACAACACUUGGAAAUUGGAUACAACCCAUCAUACUCAGGAACACUGCCAGUAGAAUUGUCAAUGCUGUCCAAUUUAAAGUACUUGGAUAUUUCAGCUUCUAACAUCUCAGGACCCUUGAUCUCAGAACUUGGGAACUUGACCAUGCUUGAAACACUGUUGCUCUUCAAGAAUCACUUCACUGGUGAAAUCCCAUCAACCAUAGGCAACUUGAAAUCCCUGAAAGCUCUUGAUUUGUCAGACAAUGAACUCACAGGGCCAAUUCCAUCACAAGUUUCCAUGCUGAAGGAACUAACCAUACUGAGCCUCAUGGACAACAAGCUAACAGGUGAAAUACCACAGGAAAUUGGAGACUUACCAAACCUUAACACUCUCAAUCUCUUCAACAACUCACUCACAGGAACCCUGCCACAACAAUUAGGCUCCAAUGGGUUGCUAUAUAAACUAGACGUCUCCACAAACUCACUCCAAGGUCCAAUUCCUGCAAAUGUGUGCAGAGGCAACAACCUAGAGAAGCUCAUCCUCUUCAACAACAAAUUCAGCAACAUUCUUCCGCCAUCCCUUUCCAACUGCGCCUCACUCACCAGAGUUCGCAUCCAAAACAACCACCUCAAUGGUUCCAUCCUUCCAGAGCUCACCCUCCUCCCUAACCUCACUUUCCUUGACAUUAGCAACAACAACUUCCAAGGUCAAAUUCCUCCACAACUUGGGGACAACCUUCAGUACUUCAACAUCUCCGGUAACUCCUUCCAAAGUCACUUACCCAGUAACAUAUGGAACGCGAGCACCCUUCAGGUUUUCUCCGCCGCGUCGGCGAAGAUCACCGGCGAGAUUCCCGAUUUCAUAGGGUGCCAGACGAUUUACAACAUUGAAUUGCAGGGGAACUCCAUGAACGGUAGCAUCCCUUGGGACAUUGGUCAUUGCCAGAAGCUGAUUCGUCUGAAUCUGAGCAGAAACUCGCUCACCGGAAUCAUCCCUUGGGAAAUCUCGACCCUCCCUUCCAUCACCGACGUCGAUCUCUCCCACAACUCCCUCACCGGAACCAUACCUUCCAACUUCAACAACUGCUCCACUCUCGAGAAUUUCAACGUCAGCUUCAACUCCCUCACCGGCCCCAUUCCUUCCUCCGGCAUCUUCCCCAGCCUCCACCCUUCCUCCUACUCCGGCAACCAGGACCUAUGCGGCGACCUCCUCGCCAAGCCCUGCGCCGCCGGAGAGAACGAGCUCGAACACAACCGCCAGCAGCCGAAGCGGACCGCCGGCGCAAUCGUGUGGAUCGUCGCGGCGGCGUUCGGGAUCGGCCUCUUCGCUCUCAUCGCCGGAACCCGCUGCUUCCACGCCAACUACAACCGCCGGUUCGCCGGCAGUGACGGCAACGAGAUCGGACCGUGGAAGUUAACGGCGUUUCAGCGGUUGAAUUUCACGGCGGAGGACGUGCUAGAAUGCUUGUCCAUGUCAGAUAAAAUCUUAGGGAUGGGGUCCACUGGAACUGUUUAUAGAGCGGAGAUGCCAGGUGGCGAGAUCAUAGCCAUUAAAAAGCUUUGGGGGAAGCACAAGGAAGGCAUCAUCCGACGGAGGAGAGGGGUUCUGGCUGAGGUGGAUGUAUUAGGGAACGUGAGGCACAGGAACAUAGUGAGAUUGUUAGGGUGUUGCAGCAACAGGGAAAGCACGAUGCUGCUGUAUGAGUACAUGCCGAAUGGGAACCUUGAUGAUUUGCUGCAUGGGAAGAAUAAAGGAGAUUAUCAUAACGUGGUUGGUGCUGAUUGGUUCACUAGGUAUAAGAUUGCACUGGGUGUGGCACAGGGAAUCUGCUACCUUCACCAUGACUGUGAUCCAGUCAUCGUGCAUAGGGAUCUGAAACCUAGUAACAUUUUAUUGGACGGUGAGAUGGAGGCCAGAGUGGCAGAUUUUGGGGUUGCCAAGUUGAUUCAAACGGAUGAGUCCAUGUCUGUAAUUGCUGGAUCCUAUGGUUACAUUGCUCCAGAAUAUGCUUACACACUUCAAGUUGAUGAGAAGAGUGAUAUUUACAGCUAUGGGGUGGUGUUGAUGGAGAUUUUAUGCGGAAAACGUUCGGUGGAUGCAGAAUUUGGCGAUGGAAACAGCAUUGUGGACUGGGUUAGGUCCAAGAUCAAGAACAAAGAUGGCGGCAUUGAUGAUGUGUUGGAUAAGAAUGCCGGGGCCGGGUGUGCUUCCGUAAGGGAGGAGAUGAUACAAAUGCUUAGGAUUGCAUUGCUCUGCACAAGCAGAAACCCUGCAGAUAGGCCUUCCAUGAGAGAUGUUGUGUUGAUGCUGCAAGAGGCCAAGCCAAAGAGGAAAUUGCUUGAUAGUGUUGUUGUAGGUAGUGACAAUGUUGUGGGUAGUGGCGGUGGUGGUGAUAUUCCUUUGCCACAAAAGCCAAUUGUGGAAAGCUGAUUAAUCUGUUUAUAUGAUUGAAGUGGGGUUUUUUUUUUUUUUUUUUUUUUUUUGAUAUUUUCCUUAUUGUGGGGGGAUUGGUAUAGGAGAAAGUGAUUUUCUAUUUUUACUUUUCAAUGGAAUUUCAAGUGUUACUUUGUCAUUGGUUUUUCAUUAUUAUGUCUGUUUGCUAAUGCUUAUAUAUAUAUUAGAAUUAACUAUUAAA